GGAGGUCCGCCUUCACGCGUUUACAGGAAAGAUUUCUGUCCCUGACGAGACCGUCUGCCAUUUUCCUGCGCACGAUGGCCGAGCUCACUCGUGUUGACGUGACGUCCCGCUUCGACAACCACAUCGUCACGCUGCUGGAGGGCCUCGACGCCCAACGGACCGAGGUGGCCUCGGCAUACGACUUCAACAAGCUGCUGAGCGACCACGGUGGGUGUGACGGCGCGGCCUCCGGUGACGACCAGCUGCAGCUCAACGUGGGCGGCCGCCUGUUCGAGGUCCGCCGCAAGCACCUCACGAGCGUCAAGGACACACUGCUGGGCGCACUGUUCGGCGGCCGCUGGGACAGUCGCCUCAUCCCGCUCGACGGCCACGGACAGCAGGCCCAGAGGGUGUUCGUCGAUGUGUGCCCUCGCGCCUUUGAGGUGGUUCACGAGGCGCUGCUGGAGGGGAAGCCGGUGGUCGACCAGCUCAUGGCCGACGCAAAGACGCGCAACUACCAAGGUGACCCAAUGGCGCACACACAUGGCAGGCAGGCAGACAGGCGCUUGCGCAAUUUGUUCUCUUUUCACCUGAGUCCGUGUCUGUGUGCAAUUACUGUCUGGUCGGUUGGGUGUGCAGGUCUUCACGACUUCUACAUUGCACUCUUCCGCCCAUCCAGAAGCCCUUCGCCGACGUGCCUGAGGCCGACGUGCGCAACGAGGUGACUGUGACGACAUCGGGAGAAUCCGGAGCGCUGGGAGCUUUCAUCGGCACUAUGCAGAACUUCAUCGCGGCAUACCAAGCCCGGCAGAAGGAGAUCGACACGCAGCGGCAGGAGCUGAUGCUGCAGCAUGGAGAGCUCACCAACGAGAUCAAAGUAGGACACAGAGAGAGAGAGAGAGAGAAGGCACGUCUGUCUGUCUGUCUGUCAGGCCGUCACCCCCUUCUUUGCGCCUCUGAUGGGGGCCGACCCCAUCAGGUCAGUGAGUGUGUGCGGCCACAGCAUCUCGACGGUGCAGUCCACUCUCGACAACAUGGGCUGCAUCGCGCUCUCCAAUCGCUUCGACAUGUACGCAACCACACCACACCACACCAGACCACCCCCCCAUCGAUGGCAUCCCUUGCUCCCACCUCCCAUGUGCCAUCGAUGCGAUUAGGUGGCCGUCUCCCAUCGAGGACGUGCCUGUCGACCACAUCGGGAGGCUCAUCGACUACUACCGCCGCAAGCGGCACGCGGCCUCCCUCACCGACACCCAGCUGCUGGGCGGCGUGCGGAUGCCGCUGCUGGUGGACGGCGCGGCCAGGCAGGAAUCGUUCAACAAGACGGCGGCCAUGUACGGCGUCGAGACGCACAGGUCAGCCAAAGGCAGGAGCGAUCGCCGAGUAAUCGAUGAUCCCUUCCCUCUCUCUCUCUCUCUCUCUGUUUUGCUCUGCUCUCUCCUCUCAGCAAGCCCGUUGGCCAGCUGCUGGAGGAGAAGUCUGAGGAAGGCACGUGUGUGCUCUGCCUCGACAGACCCCCCACUGUCGUCUAUUUCCCAUGCAAAAUGGUACGCACGCACACACACACACACACACACAUAUACACGGAGGAAUGUGUGUGUCUGUCCCUUUGCCUGCCUGGCUGCCUGCCUGCAGCAAUGCGUGUGCGCGGCGUGCCAUGAGCGGCUGCUGCAGCGCGUGCCCCGAGCAGCUCGGCCGGGGAGCGGCAGCAGGGCCGGGUCGCUCUACCGCGAUCAUCACGGCCUCAGAUGUCCCGCCUGCCGCUCUGUGGUGGAAUACGCGACAGAGAUCGACGGCGCUCGCAGGACGGCCUAGUGAAUGAUGCGACUGACUGAUGCGUACGGGGGGGUGGGGUGGACGGGCGGUGCAUUGCGUUUGUGUUUGUGGCGAGAGGGGUAGCCACACACACACACACACACUGCAUGCCCGUGUGUGUGUUGCGGGGGAAGAGAGUGUUUCUUUUGCGUCGCCUACACAUGACAUGUGGCCAUCCAUACACAGCUGAACACACUACACUACCCACUGUCCGUACUCGUCUCUCUGUUCUGUGUGUGUGGGCGUGUCGAAUCAGAGACGCUUUUGUGCAUACCUGCAUCAGCAUCGUGUGUGGUGGCUGGCUUUGUGUGUAUCAUCAUCUCUCUGGUAGAACAAUACGCCUGUCUCUCAUCUAGGGCGUUCCGCCCCUUCACCAAAAAACCAUCCAUAUGCACAAUCUGAUGUGAGUCCCUUUUGAUGUGUGGAGGGAGGGGCUGAGUGCGCAGGUAGACAGGUGGUGGUGCCGAGUGAGCGAACGAGAUAUGCUCACGUGUGUGUGCGGUGCCAUUAUGGUGCCCUCAGCAAGCCGACAAGAGAAGGGCACGGCCAUGUAGAAGGGUGUGGUGUGUAUGUGGGAAUUGCAUUGCAUGGUGAUAACACGAGAGAGAGAGAGAGAUGCGAAUCAAUCCAAUCACCACCAAGUCGUUUUUCUGCACACUUGCGUGCGGUGGGCUGGGCUGUGGCUUUGCGAGUACACAUGCAUAUUCAUGACCUGUGGGGCAGACAGGCCAGGCCGAGCACAUCCAUUCAUCCACACACACACAUGUCGCCGGGUGUCGGCGGUCUGCCAGGCCAGCUCUUUUCAUUCAUCUGAACUUGGUGAGUGACGACUGACUGGUGUGGGGUGGUUCGUUGUCGCUCUCCUCUCGUCGGUGCCGUAGAGGCCGCCCAUAAUGCGACAGCGUCACCUUCACUCACUGUGACACUUACUGUUGCAUUCGGCAGCGUGUACAGUCCAAUGUGAUGUGUGUGGAGGAUGCCGACCGACGGCCGACAGACGGACAGUCACUUGCUUCAUAUCGAUAAGUCAACGAAUUUGGCGGCAUGGCAUGUGGCAC